CUCUCUCUCUUCCCUUGUUCCACUCCUUCCUUUCCAACUCAGCCUUCUUUGUCUCUAUCUCUCUCUCUCUCUCUCUCUCUCCUCCUUUGCCUCUUCCUUCUCCCAUCUCAAGCUGCAGAUCACACGGAAGCCCCACUGGUUGUGCUGGUAUGGGCAGGUCUCCAUGCUGUGAGAAGGCACACACCAACAAAGGAGCAUGGACCAAGGAGGAAGACCAGAAGCUCAUCUCCUACAUCAAAGCCCAUGGCGAAGGUUGCUGGAGAUCACUCCCAAAAGCUGCAGGCUUGCUUCGGUGCGGGAAGAGCUGCAGGCUCAGGUGGAUCAACUACCUCCGGCCCGACCUCAAGCGCGGCAACUUCACAGAGGAGGAAGAUGAACUCAUCAUCAAGCUCCAUGGCCUGCUCGGAAACAAGUGGUCGCUGAUAGCGGGGAGAUUACCGGGGAGGACGGACAACGAGAUCAAGAACUACUGGAACACCCACAUCAAGCGGAAGCUCCUCAGCCGGGGCAUCGACCCCCAGACGCACGGCCCGAUCAACGGCGGCGCCACCGCUGCCUUCGCCGCCCCUCACCCAUCCGAGACCGCCGUCCCGAAAGCGUCAGCGACCGACUCCUGCGACGAGACCAACAGCAGCGGAGGCAGCCAGGACGACGACCCGGACGGCUACCUCGACCUCAACCUCGCCCUCUCCAUCAGUCUCCCCCACCGCUCCCCCAAGCGCUCCCGACCUUCGGAGCCUCUAACAUCCGCCGCAACAAGCAGCAGCCCUCAGGCCAUUUGUUUGUGUUGCCAUCUGGGUUUCCAGAGCGGCGAAGCUUGUAGCUGCCACACCACCCAAAACCCGCCGCAUGUACUGAGGGUAAUCAGACGCCUGGAAGAAGCUCAACACUAGUUGAGGUUGCAUUGUAACUCUGUGAUGAUACCUUCCCACUGUGUGGAAGUAUGUUUUGAGUUACUUUGAACUGCUGAA